AUGUCAGAGGUUUGGCAUGUUCUGAAGAAAUCACUUCAUUGCAGAUCUCAUUCAUCAGAAGUUCAUGAUCCCCAGGCAAAAAGAAGAGAUCAGAGAAAUAAGGAUGAGAGAAAUAAAAGAGAGUCAAAAAACCAACUUAGCCAUGAAAUUUUCCUAGAUAGAUCUAGUGGUGAGAUUAAGAUUUUUCCAUGUUAUCCUAUAGAAGAGCCUCCUCAUUCUCCUGCAAAAACCAAGCUAACUAUAGUUUCAUCAAAAACACUUUGUGUUGAUUGUGAUGAAUGUGUUGUUUUCUCAAAGAAAAAGGUCCCAGUGAAAGAUUCUAAUGAUCCCCCAAUAUCAACAUGUCAUCGUGAAUGUGAAGACAAAAUGAAAUCUAGUAACACUGUUGAAGAACAGGGAAAUUUCCAUCUACAUUCAGUGAUCCAACUUGAGAGAGAAGAUUCAUCGAGUAAGAUCAUCGAACAAAUAUGCGAAGGUAACUUUAGGGAAAAGAUUGAAUGUGUUCUGAGAGUGGAGAGCAAGCAAGAAACGUUUGCAUGGUAUGAGGAAUGCAGGGAAUUGGUAAGGGUGAAAGCAGAAAGCCUAGAAAAGGAGCAUCCGAGAUGCAUGGUUGAUGGAAAUGAACUACUCAGAUUUCAUGGCACAACACUUGCAUGUUCCCUUGCUUCAAAUGCUUCCUCUUCUACCCUUUGCAGUUCAGACCAAUGUGGUGUCUGUCAAAUUCUCAAGCAUGGUUUUUACUCCAACCAAGAAUUAUUUCAUGGUGCACUUGGGGUUUGCACCUCUUCUACCAGUGCAAAAGCUAUUCAUUCAAUUUGCUCACCCAAUAACAAAUCUGUGAGGAGAAAAUGUGUUAUGCUUUGCAGAGUGAUAGCUGGGAGAAUCCAUAAUCCUCUACAAGAGAUUGAGGAAAUCACUGAUACUGGGUUUGAUUCUUUGGUAAAGAAAAUGAGAGACCACUCAGAGAUUGAAGAACUCGUUGUAUUAAAUCCUAGAGCUGUGCUCCCUUGCUUUUUGGUAAUCUACAAUCUUUGA